GUGUGUGCAGUGCAUGUGAAAGCGGGGACGUGUGAGGUGAUCGCUGCCCACCGCUGCUGCAACAAGAACAAGAUCGAGGAGCGAUCGCAGACCGUCAAGUGCUCCUGUUUCCCUGGGCAGGUCGCCGGGACGACGAGAGCCGCGCCCUCAUGUGUAGACGCGUCCAUCGUGGGUCAGAAGUGGUGGUGUCAGAUGCAGCCGUGUAUGGACGGAGAGGAGUGUAAGGUGCUGCCAGAUCUCACCGGCUGGAGCUGCAGCAGCGGCAACAAGGUCAAAACCACCAAGGUGACCCGAUAGUCCACCUGCGGACCCGCCCCCUGCCCCAUGCCCGCCUUCCAGAGCAUUCACCAGGAACCAUCAUCAGACUGGGACUAGACCACACCUGAGCAGACCACACCAGACUACUCCUGGACCACUGGGCUACACCUGAACUACAGGAAUACACCUGGACAAAAGGACUACACCUGGACAAUACCUGAAAUAUACCUGGACAACACCUGGAACACACCUGGACAACAGGACUACCCCUGGACAACAGGACUGUAUUUCAUCUGCAGGACCUAAACAGUGACAGCAGGACUAGCUCCUGGGCUACAUGUGGACAGCAGGACUGAACUGACCAGCUGAAUGACCACGGGAAACAUAACAGAUACAGGAUUAUGGCAGAGGUCUGAAAUAUACCUGGACACCAGGACUUGCCUGGACUAGGACUAAGACUAAGACUACAGCUGGUCCUGGUUUAUACUGGUUUAGACUGAAACUAGGCUUUAAGAGUUGAACGGAGACCAUGAGGCUGGCCAACAGGACCACCCCUGGUGUAAAGUUACCUGGUGUGGGGGACCAGUCCUGGCCCUCUGGACUAAACUCAGACCCUGGGGACCAGUCCUGGCCCUCUGGACUAAACUCAGACUCUGGGGACUCCCUAUGGGACUAACAGCCCUAACAGAUCCAGAGCCCAGUUUAGCCACUUCUCUGUCUACUUCUGAGACCAGCUGUGUCGGGCCGGCCACAGCCUGCGGUCCAGACACAGGUGGGUAUCGGUGAGUGGCCAGAUGUGCUCACGCAGGAUGAGGGAUGUUAAUAGCCUGCGGACACACACACACACACACACACACA